AUGAUCAGUUUGACUGAUGCACGAGACAUCAGCGAAUCCAACACACAGGCGGAAGCCCCAAGAGCUCUAGCAGACAUCACAUCGCGAUCUCUCAACCUCCCUUCGAGAACGACCUCGAGUUUGACCGCCGAUCGACGCGCAAGCUGGACCGGUGAAGGUGUGGGAAAGAAACGAAAGAGUACGUUGCAAGCUAACGGGAGCAAGGUGUAUAGGGUGAAACGUAGGAACGCCAUCUCGUUGAACGAGGAGCAGGCGAGAUGCUUGGCUCGCAGUUUGAGUUGUCUUCCGACGCCGAAUGACAAUCAGAGUCAGGAAUCGUGUUCCCAGCACGACAUUGCAGGAAGAAUUCCCAAACGCGAACGACACGAGCCAAGACUCAAAGAGGAGCAAGAAUCUUCCAACCUCACCAUCGACCAAACUGACAACAUCAAGCGGAACGCUGCACUCCUUCCAUUCAAAACCAUCGCCCUGCAACCCAACCUCUUCCUCCUCACUCGAACCGACGGACUCGCCUUCACAGACCCCCUCGUACCCGCUUCCACCUUGUAA